UCAAAGAGCAAAGACAUUUUUUAGAAGAGAUGGAUUCAAAAGACAUUUUUUAGAAGGUGGAAUUAACAGGAUAUGGUGAAUAAUGAAAAGAUAGUAAAAGCAUAAUGGAGGAAACAAUGGUUCUUCCUGUUACAAUAGGAAGAGCUUUGGAGGAGAGUUUUAUUCAUUUUACAUGCAUUUAUUGUGCACUUUAUUAUAGGUAUUGGAGAUUGAUGGAAAAUGCUUCCUGACUUCAAAGAGUUUCACAGGAAAGAUAAGCGAUGGCUAUGUAAUAUGACCGAUACUGGGAUAGAGAGGUGCCCAGGUCGCUAUGAGAGGACUUAGGUGAUUUCUAACCAUGUCUAAGAGUAGGGGAAAUGGGAUCAAAGAAAACAUCUCAGAAGACAUGAAGCCUGAGCUUAUGUCUUGAAAAAUUUAAAGUUUAACCUAAGCAAGGAUAAAGAAUCAGAAGAAACAGCAUGUUCAAAUGCUAAAGAACAUGGGACUCGUGUGCUUUGCAUGUACAUACGUGUAUGUGUGAUGUCUGAAAGGAUUGGAGAGAAGGGCGAAGAGAAUAACAAGAUGAACAUCAACUUAGUGUAGAAUGCUUUGAAGUUUGUGUUUCACUUAACAAGACAGCAGGGAGUGAUGGAAGGAUCUUAGAUAGGAAAGGGACAUGAGCACAUUUGGCAGUAGCGCUCCUACUGGUCAUAGUGGGAAUGUGAAGGUGACAAAUCUGGAGGCAGGUAGCUUACAUUUGGAGGCAGUUGCAGUCAUCCAGAUGAGAAGUGAGAGGGACCUAAGCUGUAAAUCAUGGGAAUAAAGAAGACAAGACCCGUUAAAAAGAAAGAACACACCAUGUAGCGUGGAAAGGGGAAGGGUGGAGGGUAGUCUGUGCAGAAGGAACAACCUUCAAAAACACAUGGAGGGCUGAAAAGGCACCCUGUUGUAGGAAGAUCAGCAAUACAUUUUUGAUAACCAGAUAACCAGGCAAUACAGGGAAAAGGUAGGAUCUGAAGCUUGAAAAAUAGCUUGGGGGCUAAUUGUAAAGAGCUUCGUGUCAUUCCCAGGAUUUUGGAACUGAUUUUACUAACAUUAAAAAGGUUUUGUUUUAAAAUAUUGAGUAAUAUAGUUGGAACUAUAGGAAGAUAACCGCUGGUGCCAUCACUCUUCUAAGCAAAGACAGUAGUACAUUUAAUCCUUCUAGUAAAUUUAUUAGAUGAAAACCAUUAUUAUCUCCCUUCUGUAGACAGAGAAACCAGCAUAAGGAGAAUGAGAACUUGCCUAUGGUCUCACUCUGGAAAUACCUAGUAAGAGAUAGAGCCAGGAUUCAAACACAGGUAGCUUGACUCCAGAACUUUCGCUCAUAACCUUACACACCUCCCUCAUGGUUGGUGUUUCUGAACCAUGGAUACACUUUCGAACUGCAUGUAGCAUCUCUAAACAUACAGUUACCUGGAUUGACUGAAUCAGAGUGUCUGAAAAAUGUGUGAUACUGUGUUUUGCAAAACCUCCACAGGUAAUUCUGUUGCACUUUGCUCAUAGUUGAGUACUGCAGGGAUCUCAGGAAGUUAGAGCAGUAGUCCAGGCAGCAGAUGAUGAAGGCUGAAACUAAAGCGGUCUGUAGGAAGGAAGAGGAGGGAGCCGAUUUGAAGUCUUGAGAGAUGGAAUUGGCAGUAUUCAUGAAGUGGAAAUGCAGUAUUUUCUCGUGGAGUAUGAACCUCGCCUAGGAAGGGGGAUAGAGGACCACACCUUUAGUCGUGGAUUGUCCUCUCCCAACUGGAUGUGUUGAUUUGUGGUUAUGGAGGUUGGGGAAAAGAGGAUUUAACCAUUUGAAGAAGUUUGUAUAGGGGAUUAUGAUUGAACUCAGAGUGUUGUCCUUGUGUAUAGUUUCAUGCUUAUACUCUUGUUUGUCUUUACUUCUCUAUCCAGGGCCCUUGGGAGAAAAUCCUCGCUGUGUCCAGGCUGAGGCUGGGGUCUAGAUGGUGUGAGACCACCCCAAAGCCAAGAAAUGGCUACAGCCGUGGAACCAGAGGACCAGGAUCUUUGGGAAGAAGAGGGAAUUCUGAUGGUGAAACUGGAAGAUGAUUUCACCUGUAGGCCAGAGUCUGUCUUACAGAGGGAUGACCCAGUGCUGGAGACCUCCCACCAGAACUUCCGGCGCUUCCGCUAUCAGGAAGCCGCAAGCCCUAGAGAAGCUCUCAUCAGACUCCGAGAACUUUGUCACCAGUGGCUGAGACCAGAGAGGCGGACAAAGGAGCAGAUCCUAGAGCUGCUUGUGCUGGAACAAUUUCUUACCGUCCUGCCCGGAGAACUACAGAGCUGGGUGCGGGGCCAACGGCCAGAAAGUGGCGAGGAGGCGGUGACGCUGGUGGAGGGUUUGCAGAAACAACCCAGGAGACCAAGGCGGUGACUGUCCAUGUUCACGGCCAGGAAGUCCUGUCAGAGGAGACGGUGCAUUUAGGAGCGGAGCCUGAGUCACCUAGUGAGCUACAGGAUCCUGUGCAAAGCUCGACACCCCAACAGUCUCCUGAGGAAACCACACAGAGCCCAGAUCGGGGGGCACCGGCAGAGCAGCGUCCACACCAGGAAGAGGAGCUCCAGUCCCUGCAGGAGAGCGAGGUCCCAGUGCCCCAGGAGCCAGACCUUCCCGCAGAAAGGAGCUCUGGAGACUCAGAGAUGGUUGCUCUUCUUACUGCUCUAUCACAGGGACUGGUAACGUUCAAGGAUGUGGCCGUAUGCUUUUCCCAGGACCAGUGGAGUGAUCUGGACCCAACACAGAAAGAGUUCUAUGGAGAAUAUGUCUUGGAAGAAGAUUGUGGAAUUGUAGUCUCUCUGUCAUUUCCAAUCCCCAGACCUGAUGAGAUCUCCCAGGUUAGAGAGGAAGAGCCUUGGGUCCCAGAUAUCCAAGAGCCUCAAGAGACUCAAGAGCCAGAAAUCCUGAGUUUUACCUACACAGGAGAUAGGAGUAAAGAUGAGGAAGAGUGUCCGGAGCAGGAAGAUCUGAGUGUGGAGGAUAUACACAGGCCUAUUUUGGGAGAACCAGAAAUUCACCAGACUCCAGAUUGGGAAAUAGUCUUCGAGGACAAUCCAGGUGGACUUAAUGAAAGACGAUUUGGUACAAGUAUUUCUCAAGUGAAUAGUUUUGUGAACCUUCGGGAAACUACGCCCAUCCAGACCCUGUUAGGGAGGCAUCAUGACUGUUCUGUGUGUGGAAAGAGCUUCACUUGUAACUCCCAUCUUGUUAGACACCUGAGGACUCACACGGGAGAGAAACCCUAUAAAUGCAUGGAGUGUGGAAAAAGUUACACACGAAGCUCACAUCUUGCCAGGCACCAAAAGGUUCAUAAGAUGAACGCGCCUUAUAAAUACCCCCUAAACCGGAAGAAUUUGGAAGAGACCUCCCCUUUGACCCAGGCCGACAGAACUCCAUCUGUGGAGAAGCCCUAUAGAUGUGAUGAUUGUGGAAAGCACUUCCGCUGGACUUCAGACCUUGUCAGGCAUCAGAGGACACAUACAGGGGAAAAACCCUUCUUUUGUACUAUUUGCGGCAAAAGCUUCAGCCAGAAAUCUGUGUUAACAACACACCAAAGAAUCCACCUGGGAGGCAAACCCUACUUGUGUGGAGAGUGUGGCGAGGACUUCAGUGAACACAGGCGGUACCUGGCGCACCGCAAGACGCACGCUGCCGAAGAGCUCUACCUCUGCAGCGAGUGCGGGCGCUGCUUCACCCACAGCGCAGCCUUCGCCAAGCACUUGAGAGGACAUGCCUCAGUGAGGCCCUGCCGAUGCAACGAAUGUGGGAAGAGCUUCAGUCGCAGGGACCACCUCGUCAGGCAUCAGAGAACACACACUGGGGAGAAACCAUUCACGUGCCCUACCUGUGGAAAAAGCUUCAGCAGAGGAUAUCACUUAAUUAGACAUCAGAGGACCCACUCAGAAAAGACCUCCUAGCUAGGUCCCCAUGUGAGGAGAUCUGCUUUCAGCCCUCACCUAAGGGAGGUGAGGAAUAGGAAAAGCCCUCUUGUCAGCCUGGGAAGACCUUUUCGAGGGAGUCUCCCUGACCUGCCCAGAUCUGACAUCACCUCUUCCUGCAACUAAAUACGAGCCUGGGCAGAACCUCUCCAUCAUCUUCUACACCUUGAGGGGAUGUUUCAUCCAAAGUACAACCUGAAUUGAGGCUUCUCCUUCACUGGAGUGCGCCUGCCUCUACCUCAUGGGUAUAAAGUAGGAGAAUUAAGAGACUUAAGAGGUUGUGGUUACUGUAUCGUCCAAAAAAUAGGCUGUUACGUAUCCUAAAGACUGCUCAACAGCUUCAGGUUGAAAGUGGCCAAGGACAGCCCCUUAGGUUUGGGAAGGGACCAGCCUGAAGGAUUCUGUCUUUAGUGGGGUCAAAUCUUAAAGCACACAGCUCUGAACUCAAGACAGGAGAUUUGCGUCCUGAUGGCUUUGCCACAUAUUCACAGGAUAACUGUAUAAAUCCCUCGCUGUCUCAUUCACUUCUUACCAUGCACUUUCCUUUGAUGCUGAGGAGAAAUGGAAGUGGGCGAAAAAUCUCAAGGCUGCUUCAUGUGGACCUUGUCAAGCUGCUCCCUCCCCCAAUGUCAAAUUUUGUUAUCAGGUGCCAAACUGCUAGAAAGGAGGGCCUAGUCAGAAGCCUCUUUCCAUACGAGUUCUGGUUUUGUUUUUAAUAUUUUUUUCUAUUAAAAUACUCAUGCAUUUAACCUUCCCAUUAUUCAGCCAGUCUCUUGGUUUCGUCCCUAGCACUUCUACUGCAAGUGAGGUGGUAGCGUUUGAGUACUUACUGAGUAAAGCAUAUUCGGUCAUAAUGAAAUCAUUCACAUUUCCUCAUAUGCACAAGCCCACCAACCCCUUCACACCCCCGUCACAGGGGCAGUGUGAGUAAGGGGAUUUGGGAACAGUGUCAAGUUACAAAGGCACUGUAACAAUUACAGAAUCAUGAUUGCCAUGGGCCACUUCAUUUACAUGAAGACAACUGGAAAACGGCUAAGACCAAAUUAUGGAAAAUAAGAAAAAGCUGUUGCUGGCAAGACCAUCAAAACUAUUCUCCUGACACCCUGUUCCCAUCAUCCCUGACUGAGUACUCUGACAUCACGGAAAGUGUUGAACCUGGGACCCCGAGGAAUUCACCAGGAGUAAAUGGCUUUCAUGUAUUUGUGUUGUUUGCUUUUUCUUACGUGAUUUUAUAUUCCUAUAACUAAGAACUAAAAAGUAGCAUCUCAUAAUGGCCCAAGGAUCUCUGUUGCGGUUAAAGGUUCCUUGGAGAUGAGGCUGAAUAAUUGUGAACCUCACCUGCUCUGAUUGUGGGAGUGGCAAGAACUGGGGAGACAUCCUCCUUAAGUGGAGCACAGGGUAUGGGGUUAAAGCAUGAGAGGGAGAGUCUUCUGUGCCUGGUUUCUUCUCCUCUAUCUCAUAAUGCAUUAUGGGCCAGAGGAAUAGGGAAGGGUUAAUAAGACUCCAACCCUAAUGGCCCAACAGGGAAAUUCUCAUUUUGGUCAAUGAUUCUGAUGGACUGGUUUGGUUUUAAUACCAGUCAACCGUUGUCCUUCUGGAAAUAUAUAUAUGAAAUAAAUAAAGGUAACACUUGCAGCCAA